GUCAAAAAUUAUUGUUCAGUCAUCAAGGUAGGCUUUUAGUUUGGUGCAAUCGAGAACAGCUUAUGAAAUGGAUUUUAUGGAUCUGGACUCAUUUCGUCAGAGAUAUAGCGAUAUAACUGUCACAGCUGUGCCAUCUGUACCGAAAUCAAGUAAUUCCGAGGAAAACCUAGAUGAAGUGGAGAAUAACACUGUGGAAGCAAUUCAAAUGGCACCACCAACACCACUUGUGGAAAUCAUACCACUAGGAGCAGCAACUUUCGCUCCCUCCUCUUCGCACCAUACGCGCAGCAAGUUGCAACAGCAACAAAAAGUGGCAGAUGCCACGGCCUAUGCCAACGAAUACAAACAAGUGCUGGCCAAGCUGGAGUACACCAAGUUUGUGCAGGCCCAGCUCCAAAUGAUGUCCCUGACCACCAAUGGAGCUGGAGGAGGAAAUGCAACGGAAACGCCCAACAUAGUGGAUGUCUACGGCAGCCUGUUGCGGACCAUAGCAGAGAUGCAAAGCAAUUUGGGACCAACAACAAUUGGAUUGCGUGCCCCAAAGGAGCGCCUGUUGCGUGACAUUGCCCAGGCACGUGUCCUUGUGCGGGAGUGCAUUCUCUUGCUCAUGCGCGACCAGCAGCAAACAGUAAUCGUAGAAGAAGCCACUCAACGUCAGUGACGUCAGCUGGCAACGCUUUAA